GAUACGUGCAUUUUCUUACAGCUUCCCUGAGCAACCAUGUUGUCUUACUCAUUCUGCAUGAUCGCAGCAGCAGUUGCUUUACUAAUGCCUUGCCAUGCACAAAACUGUGCAGAAGCUCCUGAGCUACCCAGUAUCCCUGGAAUUAGUGGACUGCCUGGUCUGGGAGGUCUCAGUAGAUACUUUGGAGGUCUGUUCCAGCCUUACAGAAAAGAGAAACUUCCUGAACGUCAGUGGUUACAAAGACAACAAGGUCUGUCUACUUUUGACGAUGAACUCUACAAUGUUUUACUGAAUCUAAGACAACGACUUUUCCAGCUUGAAGGAGUGCUUGUUUUGAAUGGGAAAAUAACAAAAGUAGGAGAGAAAAUAUUUGCCAGCAAUGGAAAGGAAGUCAAUUUUUCAUCUGCCCUAGAAUCCUGUGAAGAGACUGGAGGAACUCUCGCAACUCCCAUGAAUGAGGAGGAGAAUAAAGCUAUUAUGGGCAUUGUGAAACAGUAUAACCGAUACGCUUACUUGGGUAUUAAAGAGAGUGACACUGCAGGUCAGUUUAAGUACAUGAAUGGCCAACCUCUGAAUUACACCAACUGGCAACAGUAUGAGCCUAAUGGCAAAGGGACAGAAAAAUGUGUAGAGAUGUACACUGACGGAAAGUGGAAAGACAGAAAAUGCAACCUGUACCGCCUCACAAUCUGUGAAUAUUAGAGAAUGACCUUUCAGGCACCUGAGAACAAGGAGACCAUGAAAUACCCUGUGUUUCGUUCAGACUGACGCAAUUUCUGCAAUUAUUCUAUGUCAGAAAAUCUAAAAUGAAUCAUAUUACUAUAUAUUUUUAUGCUUAAGAAAAUGCCAAAUGUAGAAGGUGAUUAACUUAAUUAAAAUGUGCUUAAUCUGA